AGUAAAAGGGGGCAGAGGGAGCAGGAUAAGAAGGAUUAGGGGACCUGGGGAAAGAAGGUUGUACUACUUUGAUAGAGGUCAGAGCGUGCAGCAGUUGAGGAAUCAGGCGAGGCAGGGGAGCAUUGUUUUUCAACAUCUAAUUUCGACAUAAGUGCUGUUUUUUAACACGUAUCUGAGGAAUGUGGUUAAUGCAAUGUUGACCUUCUGAAGAUGACAGCGGGUAAACCUCUCUCAAGUGCUGAAAUGACACGAAUGUGCUUUAUCUUCCUGCUGAUGAGUAAUGCUGCUUCAGUCUCCACACAGUUUAAUGGAUACAACUGUGACGCCAACUACCACAGCAGGUUUCCAGGUGAGCGGGACAUAAGUGUGUAUUGCGGGGUUCAGACCAUCACCUUGAAGAUCAACUUUUGCCCCGUGCUCUUCUCCGGCUACACGGAUGCAGAUUUGGCCCUGAAUGGUCGCCACAGUGACGCCCAAUGCAGAGGCUUCAUCAACAACAACACCUUCCCCACAGCGGUCCUGUUCAGCAUCAGUCUCAGCACUCUGGAGGCCUGCGGUAACAGCCUGGUGGUCAACACAGCCUACGGGGCCAAUGCCUAUGGGAACAUGUCUCUGGUACAAAUUGGAAAUGUCUCAGGCUAUAUUGACACCCCUGACCCGCCGACUAUAAUCAGCUACCUGCCCGGUUUGUUGUAUAAAUUCAGCUGCAGCUACCCGCUGGAGUACCUGGUCAAUAACUCACAGCUGGCAUCCUCUUCUGCUGCUAUAACUGUCAAGGACAGCAACGGUACAUUUGUGAGCACGUUGAGUAUGAUCCUGUACAACGAUUCAACAUACAAUCAACCUCUCUCUAUUCCCAUGGCUGGGCUGGCUCUGAAAACUAGAGUAUUUGCUGCUGUGAAAGCCACAAACUUAGACAAACGGUGGAACAUCUUGAUGGACUACUGUUACACAACCCCCUCAGGGAAUCCUAAUGAUGAACUCCGCUAUGACCUUUUCUUUGGCUGCUCCAAAGACCCACAGACGACAGUUUUCGAGAAUGGGAAGAGUCAGAUGGGACGUUUUUCCUUUGAGGUUUUCCGUUUUGUUAAACACAGACACCAGAAGAUGUCAACUGUGUUUUUGCACUGCGUCACCAAGCUUUGCCGGGCAGAUGACUGCAUCAUGCUCAUGCCAAUUUGUGGGCGACGGCACAGGCGGGGUGGAGAGGCGAGCCUUGAUUCCCCACCAGCAGCAUCUGGGAAUGCUGUCAUCACCGCUGGACCAAUCAUCACCAGGAGUGAUGAAACUCCUGUCAACAAUUCACAACUUGCAUCUGGUGACCCCUCCCAGCCAAUGAACCCGGUGACCAGUGCUCUGAUCUCAGGCGUGGUCAUCCUGGGCGGGGUCAGUGUGGGCUUCUUCCUGCUGUCAGUCCGCCUCCUGAAGAAGUCCCACCUCCCAGCAACCACAGCCUCAGGUGUUUGGAACCCCAGCUUUAAAUGAAAAUCUGUAUAAAAUAACAUCUUGGUACUGACAAUAUGUGCAGAUACACGUUAGGUACACAGACUUAAACAAACUGAUAAUGUACAUGUGCAUGUGCACUUUCCUUUGUACACACACUAUUAAAUGUGUAUAUUGUAUUGUUUCAGGUGUUGUGUAUUUAUUGCCUUCAAUACCUCACCAUUCUUGUUAGUCACUGUUGUCUAUUGUUCGGUCAAUUACAGUAUUUACAGCUUUACACUCAUAACUCCGAUGCAAAUGGAUAAACAUAAAUCUUUAGAACUUGUAAUAAAAGACUGCAUCAAAAG